CUGUGGGAAGUGACGGACUGUAUGACUUUGCGUGUUGAAUCUAGUUCAACAUCGCGUUUGGUAUCACCUGUUUUCUAGUAAGAGAGAACAAGAGGAAGGAAAAUCACGAGCUCACUGACAUCUGGUGAACACCAGCGUGUGAACGCAAACCGCUUGCAGGACAGGCGCUCUAGUUUUCGUUGCCUCUCAUUAGCUAGCAUUGGAACAGCGCCGGGAUUUUUCAUCAAAAACUCCUGACCACUGGCAGUUAUUGUGUUUUGUCGUACUGCACCGGCUGUGGAACGUGGUCGCAAUGGGUUCCCCCACGACCUUGGUGCUUCUGGCCGUGCUGAGUUUGGUCAGCUUACAUUCGAAGCCAUGUCUGGCCCAAGGCCAAGGAAGUAACCCCCCAGCAACAGGCGGCAGUGAUGCAAUGACAAGUGCUGCAGCCAUACCUUCACCUACAGGUUCCAUAGCAAUGGCCCCUACCACAGCAACGACCCCUAACCCAACAGCGACGCCUAGCGCAGCAACGACCUCUAGCACGGCAACGACCCCUACCACAGCAGCCUCUACCACAUCAACCCCUACCACACCAGCCCCUACCACAUCAACCUCUACCACAUCAACCCCUACCACACCAGCCUCUACCACACCAACCUCUACCACACCAACCUCUACCACACCAACCUCUACCACACCAGCCUCUACCACACCAGCCCCUACCACACCAACCUCUACCACACCAGCCACUACCACACCAGCCCCUACCACACCAACCUCUACCACACCAACCUCUACCACACCAACCUCUACCACACCAGCCCCUACCACACCAACCUCUACCACACCAGCCCCUACCACACCAGCCCCUACCACACCAACCUCUACCACACCAACCUCUACCACACCAGCCUCUACCACACCAGCCCCUACCACACCAACCCCUACCACAUCAGCCUCUAGCACGGCAACGACCUCUACCACAGCAGCGACGUUUGCAACCGUACCAGCUGUGGCAUGCACACCACCAACCUCCCCAACCAACGGCCAAUUUUCCCAGGGCGCAUUCAAUACUGGUGAUACCCUGACAUUGUCUUGUAAUAGUGGCUACACUUUGCUCGGUUCUGAUACGUGGACUUGCCAAGCCAAUGGCACAGUGACCAGUGGUGGUAGCUGUAUUCGCCAAUGUAAACGACCAAUUGAUCCAGCCAAUGGAGCAUAUUCACUGGGCUCCUUCAACGCUGUGCAAAGCAUCCUGACAUUGUCUUGUAAUCCGGAUCACCGUCUCUACGGCACUCGUAACGCUACUUGUGCAUCUGAUGGCGUAGUGGCUGGUACAGGCGCUAGUACCUGUGAGCGUAUAUGUAUGAGACCAGCUGAUCCAGCCAACGGAGCAUACUCUCCGGGCCCGUUUGACACGCGGAAUUCUACCCUGACAUUGUCUUGUAAUACAAAUUACCGGGUUUCUGGCACUGGUAGCGUGACUUGUGUAUCUGAUGGCACAGUGGCUGGUGCGGGCGCUAGUACCUGUGAACUUGUGACCUGUGCACGACCAGCUAAUCCAGCCAACGGAGUCUAUAGCACGGGCUCCUUUACUGCUGUACAAAACACCCUGACAUUAACUUGUAGUACUGGCUACACCCUUGCCGGUUCUGCUACGGCAACUUGCGGAGCAGGUGGCUCAGUGACUGGUGAUGAUGGUGUCUGCAACGUUGUGACCUGUGCACGACCAGCUAAUCCAGCCAACGGAGUCUAUAGCACGGGCUCCUUUACUGCUGUACAAAACACCCUGACAUUAACUUGUAGUACUGGCUACACCCUUGCCGGUUCUGCUACGGCAACUUGCGGAGCAGGUGGCUUAGUGACUGGUGAUGAUGGUGUCUGCAACGUUGUGACCUGUGCACGACCAGCUAAUCCAGCCAACGGAGUCUAUAGCACGGGCUCCUUUACCGCUGUACAAAACACCCUGACAUUAACUUGUAGUACUGGCUACACCCUUGCCGGUUCUGCUACGGCAACUUGCGGAGCAGGUGGCUCAGUGACUGGUGAUGAUGGUGUCUGCAACGUUGUGACCUGUGCACGACCAGCUAAUCCAGCCAACGGAGUCUAUAGCACGGGCUCCUUUACUGCUGUACAAAACACCCUGACAUUAACUUGUAGUACUGGCUACACCCUUGCCGGUUCUGCUACGGCAACUUGCGGAGCAGGUGGCUUAGUGACUGGUGAUGAUGGUGUCUGCAACGUUGUGACCUGUGCACGACCAGCUAAUCCAGCCAACGGAGUCUAUAGCACGGGCUCCUUUACUGCUGUACAAAACACCCUGACAUUAACUUGUAGUACUGGCUACACCCUUGCCGGUUCUGCUACGGCAACUUGCGGAGCAGGUGGCUCAGUGACUGGUGAUGAUGGUGUCUGCAACGUUGUGACCUGUGCACGACCAGCUAAUCCAGCCAACGGAGUCUAUAGCACGGGCUCCUUUACUGCUGUACAAAACACCCUGACAUUAACUUGUACUAUUGGUUACAACCUUACCGGUUCUGCUACGGCAACUUGCAAUGCAAAUGGCUCAGUGACUGGUGAUGAUGGUGUCUGCGACCUUGUGACCUGUGCACGACCAGCUAAUCCAGCCAACGGAGUCUAUAGCACGGGCUCCUUUACCGCUGUACAAAACACCCUGACAUUAACUUGUAGUACUGGCUACACCCUUGCCGGUUCUGCUACGGCAACUUGCGGAGCAGGUGGCUUAGUGACUGGUGAUGAUGGUGUCUGCAACGUCAUCAUCCCAAUCGAGAGUGCCCCGGUGCUCCAAUCUGUGAUGGCCAGGACAGCCACUAUAGAAAUUCCAGCUGUGAAUGCUCUCUACCCGUGGACUCCCACUAGAUAUGUGAUAAAUUUGCUCAGAAUUGAAACAAGUAAUGUCACUUUGAGCACCCCCAUGGAAACCACGGUGGAUGUGACGAAUCCUGACAGGUCAACUGUCGUCACAAAGGUGCUACGUAACUUGAGUCCCGCAUCUCACUACAGCAUCACAGUACUGGUUGAUAACUCCACGUCCUUGAGCCAGAGAAGCCCUGUGCUCAACGUGUCCACUCUCCCUGAAGCAUCUGGUGCACCAGACUCUCCGGCGGUAGAUGCGCAGAUGGCUACGUCCUUCCGAGUGUCUUUCCCACAGCUAGAUUUGUCUCUUCAUCAUGGGCAGUUGACUGGUUAUCAGAUUGAAUACACGGCAGUGCAACGGAGCGGAGUGACACUGCCCUCUGCAGUAAAUCUGACUGAAGACGUAGGGAUUCCCGUUGUGUCGACCGCCUCAGUGUCGGCUGUUGUCAGCACGAGCGUCACUCCAGCCACACGCUACACUGUGAGAGUACGUGCAGUCAAUUCGGUCGGUGCUGGUAUCCUGAGCCAGCUGACUAUUGUCACUACUCUGGAGAGUGUUCCAGGCAAACCGCAGAAACCCACACAGGAUGCUAUAACAACUAGAAGCAUACUGCUUAACAUUCCCGCUCUGGACUUGGGUGAUCGCCAUGGCAUGAUUACAAAAUACAGCAUAAAGUUUGUCCGAACACAGGUGAGUGGCAUAGCAGUGAGUGGCCCUGGAGAGACCAAGUCAGUUGAUGUCUCAGUGUCCACUCCAGGCAUGCAGCGCCAGUACAAUUAUACGAUGGCCAGCCCUGCCUCACUCUACACCAUUACAAUGACCGCCACAAACGGAGCUGGUGCUGGCCCAGACAGUGAUCCCAUAAUGGUCACCACCCUGGCCGACCUGCCAGUGAAUGUGCCAACACCAUCAGCAAGCACAACAUUGGGAACUACGCGGGUCACCAUUCCCAGCCUUGGUCUGAUGGAUCGGAACGGUGCCAUCACAAUGUAUAAGUUAUGCUAUGUUCUCACUCACUAUGGUCGUGAAGCUGUCAAUACUUCAGAGGUGUGUAUAGAUGAAGCCGUGUCAGCCGCAGAGCAGGGUUCGCCUAAGAUACUCAGCCUGGGUAUGCUAGCCGCGGGAUCCACUUUCAACCUAACACUAGAGGUGUUCAACGCGGCCGGCAGCGCUAAGAGCACAACUCCAACAUCCUACACAACACCUGAUGCAGCUCCAGCCAGAGCGUAUAGCGCUAUCGAAUUCAGCCGUGGGGCCAAUUUUAUUACUGCUUUCAUAACCCAACCGAACGUGACGGAAAGAAAUGGAGUGAUUGGCAGAUUUCUUGUGACAGCUCAGCGCAUUGUUCCACGCACCAUCAUAACAGCAACAUCAGUCCCAGUUGCUCUUCCCACGGGCCAAGAUAUGGUCCACCAACAGUUCACGUUACUGCAUGCUCACUCCAUUUACACGAUUACUGUUCAAGCGUGCCAAAUUAGUGAUUCAUUACUUUGCAGCCAAGAAGCAUUGGUGAACGUCACAACUCUGUCAAAGGUGGCCGAUGAAGCUCCUGCGCUGGUGCUGAAAUCUGCCAGCAGCAAUACCACCUUCAAAUCAAAUAUCACCGCAACCUUUGAUGGCAGUACCCUCAACGAAGCAAGGAUCCAUGGCAUAAUCACCAAGUAUGAAGCAGUUCUCUACAAGGACGGAGUGAAUAUCAGCAGUCAAUCUGUCAACGUUACCCACAGCAUUGGAGAACAGGCUCCUAGUGCAACUGUGACUUUCUCCGAUCUCCAGCCUUACACUGAGUACACACUGCGAUCUCUUGUCUUCACUGCUUCGCUCUUCAACUCGACAGUGACCCAUGUCAGUGCCCUUAGUCAAGUGUAUCGCCAUACAACCGCGGAAACCAGACCAGAAGCGGCUUUCUCCAAUGCGUCAUUCCGAUCUGUAACGAGACACGGAUUUCAACUUUGUUUCGUUUGGCCGGAGAAGGCCGAAAGACACGGUGCUCUGACAUCUUUCAACGCUUUCUACCGACUGGCUAGUAGUGCAGCUGGUACUGCCUAUGUGCCAACCCCUAUCCUGACCGCAGGUACUAAUGAUAUGACAUGUGGUAAGGUUGGCGGUGCCCUGACGCCCAACACACAGUACACUGUCCGGGCAGAGGCAUGCACCAGUGUUGGCUGCAGUGACGUGGCAGCCGUCGGCUCAAUCUACACAGCUACAACAGCUCCGAGUCAAAGCACAGCUGGUGCGAUCACCAGCACGACCAAUCAAACUGCCGUUACACUCACCUUCCAGCGUCCGGCGCCUGCACAGACCCAUGGUGAUCUGAACGCAUUCACAUUUGCGUUCAGCAUAGUCAGUGUGAACGGCGUUCCUACUACAAAGAUAGCCAACGGUCGCCGUAAUGUCUUGGCUGUGGCUAACACAACCACCACGUUCACCUUCACGUUUGGUCAGCUGGAGCAGGGUGCUUUCUACCAAGGCACUGUCACUGCCUGUACGCGCUCUGAGAACUCUGGCCUGGACCAGUGCUCCGAGAAUGCUACCACCGUGUUUUUCAACACAACCGAGUCUGCUCCUGAUGUAUCCGUUAGCAGCAUGUCAGCGACUGCAGUGGAAAAGGGAAAGCUAACAGUGAGACUGUCUCCACCAAGCAUUCUGAAACAGAAUGGAUACAUCACCAGAUACAUGGUCAGCUACUCCUCUGAACUUGCUACAUUGAAGAGUACAGUUGAGGUUGUGCCUUUAGCAAGUGCCACCUUGAACAAGUCGUUUGAACUGGCCGGUCUUCUCCACUACCAGCUGUAUACAAUAGAAGUGAGAUCCUGUACUGCUGCGGGAUGUGCUACAACCAGUAACGCGACCACAGGUCGGACGCUCAGCUCAGCACCUGUUGGACCUGUAAGGAACCUGAAGCUCCAAAAUGACACAGCGACUGCAAGUGGGGCUACGUUUAUGCUCUUGUUUGACCCCGUGUUGUAUGAGCUUCGCAACAGCAUAAUCACCAGGUAUCAGAUUGCCCUGAAGAAUGCAUCGGGGGCUGUCGUUCGUACAGAGAUUCAGGCCGUUGGUCCCCGCCCAAAUGACCGUGUCACACACAGUAUCAGUGGGCUGAUACGCUACCACCUCUACACGGUUGUUGUGACACCGGAGAACACCGAUAGCGAGCUGGGCCCGUCAGUCAACAUCACGGGCCUCUCUGUCGAAGGCGUGCCGACAGCGGUGACAGCACUGUCAUUCUGCUGCGUGCAGUUCAGUUCAGCAGCAGUGCAAUGGCGCGACCCGGUCAACUACUUUGGCAUUCCCAUUGGAUUCCAAGUGGCAAUAGCACCUGCAGUGCAGCCAAAGCGUCGUAUUGCUGUCACCCUGAGAAACGUUUCCUUUGCACGUCUGGACGCAUAUUCAACCUACACAGUGACAGUGGCUGCUGAAACUGGAAAGGGCGAAGGAGCUCAAAGCUCUACUACGUUUCGAACCUGCCAGCACAUACCAGCCAGGGACCCGCAGCCGACUGCUGUUGAGACCAUGUCGCGCUCCUUGAACAUCACUUGGGUGCCAGUGCCGCUUAAGGAGCGUAGAGGCAUCAUAUCGUCUUACGAAGUCAAGGCAGUUCCUUCUCAUUAUCUCAAUUAUAGUGUUGCUCCACCGACCAUUACUAUCCACCGUGUACAAGCGCGGACAGUCUCUAGUGACCCAGUAACCAACUGCUCCUACAUCCGUGAUUUAGUUGACGAGACUGCUGGUGCUUUAUACUAUCAGCAAAUUGUCGGCUUGCAUCCAGGCACCUCGUAUAAUGUAUCCAUCAGGAGCUGUACUGUUGCCGGUUGUUCCAGUGCACCAACCAGUGUGAUCAAUGUAGCUCGCUUUGUAACCAGCUCAGAAGCUCCUGCAGCUGGCGUUCGCCAAGUCAUUGUCAAUGCCACAGCCACCUCGGUCAGCAUAUCUUGGCAGCCACCAAAGGAGGAGCAACAGUUUGGUCGGAUCACUGCCUACAGAGUAUCUCUGUGGGCAUCUGAUCGACUGGCCAAAUCCAAGAACCAAAAUGACAACCUGUCUUUGACGAUCAAUACCACCAAUCUACAUGCUAAUAUCUCCAAUCUCUCGCCAUUUUUCACUUACUCUUAUUCCGUCAUUGCUGAAAAUAUUGCUGGAGUAUCACCAAGUGAAGUGGGAACAUUCCAAACUUCUUACACAAAUCCGCUGAAGCCACUCUCAAUACGUGUUGCCAUGGCGUCAGGACAGAUUGAUAGAGCUGUGGUCACCUGGUCUCCUCCAGCCAUUAUUUAUGGCAUCAUCACUGAAUACCAAGUGCUGCGAAAAGCCGUCAAAACAAUCAGCGUGAACGGGCAGGAGAGACCAUUGAAUGACACUGGGUAUCAAAAACUGCCUGUCAAUGCAACAGAUGGCUUCACUCUCAAUAGGCAGUUCUCUUUGGAAACGCCAGUUCUCCAUGGCGCAACUGAUUACACAUUUGAGGUGAUAGCCUACAUCGGAGAUUUGGCAAGUGCUGGAAAUUCUGUAUUCAAGUACACAACUCCCCCACGAGCUCCUCCAGCAGUUGCCCUGCCGUCAGAUGCACCGCCCGUUUCUGUUCCGAGCGACCGCGUCCGUCCGCUAUUUCCGGGCUUCUCACCCACAAGCGGGCUCCUUCUGAAGCUGCCAGCCGUGGACGAGACCAACGGGCCUAUCAAGUAUUAUGAAGUUCAAGUUUCGCCAGCUUGCGAUGGCAAGCACACCGAUGCGGCACCUGUACCUUACACUGAGUUUCUACAGUGCACCACAUGCCCGUGUCCUCCAUACAUUGCUCUCUACGGCACACGCAAGGAGGUUGCAGUGAAAGUGGACGGCCAGUACAUUAUCGCCAUUGGUAGUCCGAUGCCUCCUUCCUCCUGCAAUAAUAUCUGUGAUCCAUAUUUGGAGCCUGGAAAGGCAUACAGGGUUGUUGUGGCUGCCCUAACUUUCGGACCAGCUCGAGAGGUACUAGAACAGGACUUCUCUAGCUUGGCUAAGGGCCGUGGCACAACUGUCGCUGCAGCGACCUACUCAACAAACCCCAAUGUGAAAUCAGGUGCCGGCAGUGGAGCUAUUAUCGGAAGUGUUGUGGCAAUCCUACUUGUCGCUGUUGCAGUGGCUAUGUUUGUCUGGUACCGGCACACGCAACCUGGCAGCAGAUCGCCAACCAUAAAGACACGCAAUGUCAACAUCUCGGGCAAGAUUGAAACUUUGCGGCAUAAGAUUGGCAGGUCUACAGUGGCUAGCCGCUCCAAUGGCGGCAACUGGGAGAUGCAAACCAAUGCAAACGCCCCAUCAAGUUUCUUUGGCAGCGUGACUAGCAUCACUGGAGAGCAUAAGGGCUUAACGGCUGAAAGCAAGAUGACCCUGGUGCCAAACAUGCAGUUGGGAAGUGCGAUGAGCACUAAGGAUGCCAUGUCAGUUUGUUCCAUGACCUCUGGUCUAGUAACUGGAGUGCUGCCUGUGGAGGAUUCGACUCUGUCAAAGCCCAUUGAUGUCAAGGACAUGAGGAUCGAGACUAAAACACGCUCUGCUAAUGAUGAUUUGUUAUUUGCUGAAGAAUUUGAAGUGAUCAAGACCAUCGGAGCCAAUCAGCCGGCUAAUGCAUCACGACUGGAGGUGAAUAAGCCAAAGAACCGCUAUACGAACAUCUUGGCGUAUGACCAUUCAAGAGUGGCGCUGGCACCCAGGUCAACUGACAGUGAUUACGUCAAUGCUAACUUUGUCCAUGGCCACCAGAAACGGAAUGCGUACAUAGCUUGCCAGGGCCCACUGCCCAACACCGCCGUGGACUUUUGGCAGCUGAUCUGGGAGAACAAAUGCCCUGUUAUCGUCAUGGUGACUCAGCUCGUGGAACGUGCCCGGGCAAAGUGUCACAUGUACUGGCCUACUAGCUUGCAGGCACCUAUUGAGAUGGGAGACCUGACUGUGACAAUGCUGGAAGAAGACACAAGCUGUGCAGACUGGCACGUUCGCAAGCUGGUUAUCUCUGAUGGUACAAGAAAGCACGUUGUCAAGCACUUUGCAUUCCAGGCAUGGCCGGAUCAUGGCGUACCGUCAACGUCGGAUGUGCUGGUUCGCUUUAUCUUCACUGUCCGUCAGAAUACGCCAAGCGACACAUCUGCACCACUAUGCGUGCACUGCAGCGCGGGCGUUGGUCGCACUGGUACCUACAUCUGCAUGGACACCGCUCUCUACCAAUUGGUUCAAAACCGGAUUGACAUAUUCGGCAUUGUUUGUGCCAUGCGCACGCAGCGAAACUUGAUGGUGCAGACGGAGGCUCAGUAUGUGUUCCUGUACAAGGCUAUGGAUGCAAUGGCUACUAAAUUUCUAACAGUACAAGACAAUACACCAGGUGCAACAGGUGCGGAAUCUCUGAACCACCUUGCCAUGCUUGCACUGGAGAACCAGCCGCCGUCAUCGUAUAUUUAGUUUGUCAUGUGCUACAACUACUAUACUAUGACCGCUACUGAUACUCAUCCAUAGCAUAGCGCAAUGGUGCCGCCGCAUGUUUCUUAUGUAUGUGCUUUUUUUACAACGCCGUUUCUUGAUGCCAGCGUGCAAUCAUCGCAUCGAUUCCCCAGGGAACAGCUGGCUUGAACUAUGCGCUGGCUGCAAUGAAAAUGGCAUCUUCUGAGAGGUGACGAAUAUUACAUCCAUCCCCGUUGCGCCCGUUCUAGCUUGGUUUUGUUCAAUCUACAUAAACUGUAUAAUAUGUAUGGACCUUUUUUUUCUUUCAUUUUUACAUGAAGCUCUGGAUAGCUUCGUGUGAAGCUCUGGCUAGCUUCACAUGCCAUCAUAGUACUCGAACCAACAGCAUGCCAUCCGUUCUUGAGGAUGUUUCCAAAUGACUAGGUGAGCAGCUGAUUGGUCUUAUUCUUCUAUUUUCCAUAGCUGACAUUUUACGCAAUCAGUUUGACAUUCUGCUGGCUAUCAUGCAUGUAUUUCAACCCAUUUUUCUUUAUGAAUCAGUUGAGGUUUUCUUGUAGUCAUUGUCCCAAGCAUUUUGGCCCCAUUUAAACGAUCUGUUAGUGCUGUUCACAAUAGCAAGCGCCCGAGUUAAUCAGUUGAAGAAUUUCCCAAACAUUCUCAUGUUGUCUUUUAAGAGGUGGUUCGCUACAUUUUCAGCGACCGCCAUAACCGCUUUGUGGUCACUUUCACCAACAUUUUAUAUUCGUAAUAAUUCGCUUAUUGUUGGUAGACUAGCAGAGAAUAAUUAUGCUGAUUAUGAAUCUGCAAUAAAGUUUGGCGAUUCCCGUA